GGCGGCAGCAGAGUAUAUCUCCUCACCAUCCCCUCUCUUCAAGCGGCUCUGCUUGCAACUAAACGGGCGUACAUCACACGCUACGAGAUUUAACUUGACUACGCUAGACUCACUUAGCAAAACGGUGCCCAACCACUCCACCCCCACAAUGAAGGACGAUCCCCCCAAGACGCACGACGAUGUACCUUUGGAAGACCGCGCGGGGUCGAUUGAGCGAGGCAGCAUGAGCAAAGCUGUCAAGAUACGCGAUGGCGAUAAAGCGCUCGAGGCGUUUGCGUCGCACACAGAGGACAUUACCAUCACGCCUGAAGCCGAAAAGAAGCUUCUGCGGAAAAUCGACAUGAAUUUGAUGCCUAUUCUGUGCAUCGUCUACGCUCUCAACUUUCUAGACAAGACAUCGCUCUCGUACGCCAGCAUCAUGGGCCUCCAGGAGGACCUGCACCUCAAGGGCACUAAUUACCAGUGGCUCGGAUCCAUGUUCUACGUGGGCUACCUUGUCUGGGAAUACCCGACCAGUUAUCUGCUGCAGAGACUGCCGCUAGCCAAGUGGUCCUCAUUCAACAUCAUCAUGUGGGGAGCCGUGCUGUGCUUCAUGGCGCCAACCAAGAAUUUUGGCGGCGGAUUAGCGGUACGCUUCUUCCUGGGCGUCUUUGAGGCCGCCGUGUCGCCUGGCUUUGCGCUCUUCACGUCGCAGUGGUAUACCCGCGAAGAGCAGAGCGCCCGCACUGCCAUCUGGUUCAGUUUUAAUGGUGUCGCCCAAAUUGUCGGUGCACUAAUUGCGUACGGCAUUGCCAUUAACCACCCGAAGCGAGAGGGCGAAACUUUGGCGUCUUGGCAGAUCCUGUUUAUCGCGGUAGGGCUCAUCACGGUGCUUGUGGGCGUCGUGUUUCUAUACUUGAUGCCUGAUAAUCAGCUCAACGCGCGGUUUUUGACCAAGGAGGAGCGGUUGAUGGCCGUGGAGAGAAUUCGCAAGAACCAGCAAGGUAUUGGAAACAGCCAUUUCAAAAAGCACCAGUUUGUGGAGGCCGUGACGGAUCCUAUGACGUGGGCAUUUGUGGUCUUUGCGUUGCUUGUGAAUAUUCCCAACGGUGGCAUCACCAAUUUCUUUUCUCAGCUGAUUGUGGAUUUCGGAUACACGCCACAACAGUCACUGCUGUAUGGUACGCCAGGCGGCGCUGUAGAAAUCGUUGCACUUGUGCUGUCCGGCUACUUGGGUCCUCGUUUGAAGAACCGCAUCUUUGUUAGUAUCCCAGGAUUGGCAGUGGCUAUGCUUGGUAUGCUUCUUAUUAUCGCGCUGCCGCUGUCCAUGCCGGUGGGGAGAUUGAUCGGGUACUAUCUGACACAGGCGUUCCCAACUGGCUUUGUCGCCCUUCUCUCAAUGCUUUCGAGCAAUGUGGCUGGAUACACAAAGAAAACCACGGUCGGAGCAAUGUACUUUAUUGCAUACUGCGUGGGAAACUUGGUUGGUCCUCAGAUCUUCGUGCCCUCGACCAAGCCGCGAUACAUCCCUGCAGAGGCUACCAUUUUGGCUUGCUGGGGAUUAUGUAUUCUCGAUCUAGUAUUUAUUCGAUGGUACUAUAAGAGAGAGAAUACGCGCAAGAGAGAGCAGCGUGUUCGUGAUGGGUUUGUGGCUCAGGAUGGUCAGGAGUUUAUGGAUCUUACGGAUCGGGAGAACCCGGCCUUUGAGUAUAGUUUGUAAUGUAAUCAGUUUAUCUUAUUUUGCAUUUGAAUGACGGUUGUUUUUAUCCGCAGUUUAUUCUGGAUUUAUUUGUAUUGACUG